GUUGUUUGGUUUUGGAGCAACAAGAAGGUGAGUAAUUGAUGUCAGAACUGUCAUUUUUUUGGUGAACUAUCCCUUUAAUAUUUUAUUAUGAAGUAACCAUUUUUUAAAAGCUUGAAUGCUGCACUGUAAUAUCAGGAUGGCCACCCCAGAAGGUUAAUCUCUCUGUUAGAUUUAUUUGGCUAAAUUAAAUCCCCAAAAUGAUUCACAAAUAUCUCUACACAUAACUCAUAUCACUGCGUCCUGUUUUCAACAUUUGAAAUGACUCUCCCCUGUUUGAGUACCUCAAAUUUAGUCUCAUGGGCUUGUGUUUUUGUGGAUUAUCUGUCAAGUUCAGUAAAGUCCAGUGCAGAAGGCCAUGAACAACACUGGCAUCAUUGUUCUGUCUUAUCUCCACCCACUCCCACACGUUGCUCCCCAUUCAGUCGGAAUCUGACGGAAACGUUAAUCGUGUUUUCUCAACAUCUCAUUCUAUAUUUUAGAAGAGUUAUUCUCAUAUAGAAUUCGGUCUCUGUCAGUGAGGAAGCUGAAGCUCUGUGCUUUGUUUUGGAGAGGAGCGCUGAGGAGGUGUGGUCAUGACAUGAAUGAGAUUACAGUUCUGAGAAACUAUGCCCUGAGAAGAGAAAGGGGAACACCACACCCUGAGAGUGUGAUCACAGCUGGACUUCAUCAGUGCUGUUCCACCUCAGUACGAUGUGAAAAUAGCACCCAUGGCGAGAAACUGGUCAAUGGUUCCAGGAAAAAGAAAAAUGGGCUCAUGCAGAGAGAAAGACCCCCUGGGAGAGAAUCACCUCAACAAGAAGACAAGCACCCCAUGACCAAUGGCAUCGGUCGGGACCAGCCUGCUCAGCACGGGUCCAGAGUUUAUGGCGUGGUGCAGAGCACAGGCACCAGCCACCAACAGGAAGUGAUGGCACGUGAGUCGUCUGUCAGUCACCUGAGGGAUGAGAUGAGGUACAUCAGAGAGGUACGUGACUCUUUGGAAAAAGUCAGAGAGCGGAUGUAUGGCCAGUUUGGAGGGAUGCAACAAUCAGUGCAAAAAUUAACUCAGGAAUUAAAGGCAGCCAACUCUCAUAAGCGUUACCUUGAGUCAGAGGUGAGGACGAGAAGGGUAGCUAUGGAGAGCUUUGACCACAUGAACAGCUCCCUCAUAUCAGCAAACAUUGAUCUACAGAAAUCAUUGCUGGAAAGCUGUCAGAAUCGUGUGGGGAACAGAGAUGAGAAGAAAGCUGUGCGCAGCUCGUUGGAGAAGACAGAGGAAAAACUCAAGGAAAUGGAAAGACAGCUAGCAGCAGCACAGGCCACAAACCAGUCUCUCAAAAAUCAGGUGGAGACUUCUCAGGAAGCCAAGACUCAAGCUUUGAAAGAGUUGAGCGCUCAGCUACAGAGGGAAUAUGAGGAACAGCUGCAAGAACAGCAGAGGAAGUACAGAGAGGAGAUAGAGGCUCUGCAGGCACAGCUUGAUGACUACAUGAGGAGGCUUGAGGAGGCGGAGAGGAAUGCUCAGAUAGCUGAGGCAAAGAUUGCUGAAAGAGAUCAAAGAAUUACUGAGGUGGAGAGGCUACUAAACUGUAUGGCUCAGGAGAAGGGUGACCUGAUAAAAAAGCUUUGUGAAUGUGAACAACGCUUACAUGGUUUGGACCAAAUUGACCAUGCAGACAAAGCUGUGGCCAAACAGUCUGAGCAGCUGAAAGAUGAAGCAGCAGAACUGAGAGAGCGAAUAAAGCAUCUCAACGACAUGGUGUUCUCUCAACAGAGGAAGGUCAAGGCCAUGAUAGAGGAGGUUGAAACAUUGAGAGCAAAAGUUGCACAGAAGGAUAUGUUCAUUUCUGAGCUGCUGGACAGGAUUGCCAUAGUGGAAUGUGAGAAUAAUGAGUUAGGAGACAAGUUGAAGUAUUUUAUGUCUAUACAGAGAGCAUCUGAGACUAAAGUAGCCACCCGGGACAUUGGAGUUGGCUGUGACCUCCCCAUUAGAUCUGAGGAGCUGCCGGAUGUCACUCCUGUCCAACCCAGCCCCAUCUCAUCAGCCCCAAGAUCCUCUAGCAGACUGAACUAUAGUCUUCUUAAAUACACUCCUGGUCAGUACAGCACAAUGCUGCGCUCCAGUGUAGUACAUACACAAGAAACUGCAACCAGUCCCACACAAACGGCACCUCUGUCUUCAAGUUAUGUUCAGACCAGCCAUGAAGACGAGGACUCCAAAUCUCCAACAGGCUCAGAACUGUCCUCUACCACCAGUCCUAGAGCAAGAACCAGCCCGUCACAGAUCUACACUCCUUUUAUGAAGCUGAUGGAGAUGAGCUCUAAAAUGAACAUUGACUGAAUAAAGUUUUACUGAAAUGGCAGUGGCAGAAGCUUAUGGGACAUGAAGUAUUGUUGUAUGUAACAUUACAGUACAGUAUAUAUAAAUAACCUACUGAUCUGUGAAUAACUUUUUUUGGUAGUAUAUAUUGAUGCACUCUAUUUUGCUUUGUUUACCAAAAAAAUAGUGAUUUUAUGUGACAGCUUUCUAUAUUUUACAAUUAUCUAUUUAUAUUUCCAUUUUCUGAGACCAUAUUUCCAUUUUCUGAGACCAUAUUUAAAUUAUUUUCUAAAGUGUAUUACGCCAAAUAUUAUUUUGUUAUAUAAAAAAACUCAAUAAUAGGCUCUAUAUAUGAGGGGUUUCUUUAAAGAAAAGGAAUGAUGGUAGCUAUCAGUUGUGAUCAAAGCUCAGUACUGGUGUACUGUUUUUUUUUUUUUGCUUCAAUGUGUAUUGUAUUUAAAUGUUUUUUUUUUUUUCAUUUGUACUAAGAGAGUUGUAGACAUUAGUGGUCUCACUCUCUGUUGCACUUUUUCCCCUGGGGUUACUGAUGCAAAGACUCCAAUUCACCUGAUUUUGACGACUCGAAACAUUCAGAAUGCCAGUUUAAAAAAAGCAUUGGUUAUAGACCCCCAUUGUUGUAGACCAGAGUGCAUUACCCAUGCACAGACUGUUGAGAGGAAGCAGGCCCCUGUGGAUUGUUCGAUGUGUUAAUGUGUUCAUGCACUUUUCUGAAGACUCAGUUCAGUUGCCAAAAUCACAUCAUCUUUUAUGAUGACUGCAAAUGAAGGUUUAUAGACUACAUUUGGUAUUAAUAUUUUUCACUCACUGAGCACUAUAUUUACACAUUACUGGGUAUAUUGUUCAAUAAAUAAAAUGUCAAAGCCUACAA